AUGUCUAAAGACAGUUUCUUACUCUCUCUUAUUUUCUUCACUCCCACAGGCACAUCUAGCCAGCCACCCGGCCAUCACCAACAGCAGGGGCAGCAGCAACAGCAGCAGCACUCGGUGUGGGAGCGUGCUCAACCGGCUCCACAGGCUCCCACCUUCACAGAGUCCGUGGCCAACCAGACGGUGGUGGUGGGGCGCGACGGUUCUCUCAGGUGUUCCGUAGAGAACCUCGGUAACUAUAAGAUCGCGUGGAUGAAAGCGGACACGCAGACUUUGCUAAGCGUCUCCAACACCAUGAUCUCCCGCAACUACCGCAUCCGGGCGUCUCACAGCGACAACAGCACCUGGUUUCUACACCUAGACUCCGUCAGCCUGACAGACCGCGGCUACUACCUCUGUCAGAUCAACACUGUGCCGCCCAUCUUCAGGCAGGGCUACCUCGAAGUUGUCGUGCCGCCCAACAUCCUGGACGAGGAGACCAGCACGGACGUGGAGGUGAACGAGGACUCUCCGGCGCAGCUGCGGUGUGGCGCCGAGGGCUACCCGGCCCCAGAGAUACGCUUCAAGAGGGAGGAUGGCGUUGGGAUACGCUACGCCGCCAACGGCAUCAGCGGCGCUGUCGCGUCGAGCGUGACGGAGAGCCUGGGAGGGGUGGAGAAGACCGUGGGGCUCCUCACCUUCGAGAGCGUCACCAGAGCUGACAUGGGCCACUACCUCUGCAUCGCCAACAACUCCGUGCCUCCCUCCGUCAGUAAGCGGAUGGUGCUCAACGUCAGAUAUCGGGAGCCAGCAGUGUACGUCAGUCACCAGAUGAUAGGGGUAUACCGUGGCGAUGAUGUAGCCAUCAACUGUACCGUCACGGCGUACCCAAGACCCGUCGUUUUCUGGCAGGAUAACCUUGGCAAGAUGAUCAUCUCAGGUGGGCGGUACCAGGUGGUGGAGAGUCAGGUGGGAGAGAGCCCGCCCAAGCUGCAGACGACCCUCAUCAUCAGAGGCCUGCGGGUCGACGACAUCACCACCUACCGCUGCAACGCCUCCAUCGACAACGACAAGACGCGGGAGAAGAGCCUCGCCGUUCAGCUCAACGAAAUCUCGCGCCCCUCCACCGAGUCUUCACUGGCGCAGGACGGCUACUUCAAAGUCAUCCGCCCCCCGAAGAACCUGCAGAAGUCGCUGACCAAACACACGCACAUCAACGACAUCGGGGAGCGCUACGAGAAGCCCACCAACUUCGUGCCUGGCAACCUUCAAGGUAAACACCUUCCUCUCAGAUAA